UUAGAGAUCUUAUUUGGCAUGUAUAUAUAUCUGCCUUGUAUAGACGCAGGGAAUCUCUCAUUGUCGCCGUUCUUCCAUCGGAGAGCAAAUCUAAGAGACGGCAAGAAUGUCAGAGCUUCGCGAUCUUCCCGCAGUCCUUGCAGCGGGGUCUGACGAAAGGUCAUAUGUGAUCGAGGUAGACGGCUAUUCAAGAAUCAAGGGGAUGAUCGGGCAUGGCGACAAAGUGAAAUCUGCCCCUUUCAGUGUUGGAGGCUACGUCUACGACUGGGUUUUGUGGUUCUACCCAAACGGCAGCGACAUCACACAUUAUGAAGCCGGUUACGUAUCUGUUUUUCUGGCUCUUGAUUCUGGUUUUGCCACGGACGUGAGGGCGAAAUUUAGAAUUACUUUGCUUGACAAGAAUGGGGAACCAGACAUUACAAGAAGCAAGACCAAUCCCGAACGCAUCUUCUCUAGCAAAGGUUCAUGCAAGGGUUUCAGUGAUUUUGUCGGCAGAGCUUAUCUUGAGAAUCCAAGGACUCUAAGCAACGAUAGUGUCAGCAUCAUGUGCCAUGUUACUGUCGUGAAGAAUAUCCACAAAGGUGAUCGGCUUAUCGUGGUUACUUCAAGAAACUUGCAUCAACAUCUUGGAGACCUACUAAAGAGCAUGGAUGGAGCCGACGUGACCUUUCAUGUCGGCGGGGAGAGUUUCUCGGCUCAUAGGGUCGUGCUCGCCGCUCGGUCAUCCGUAUUCAGAGCGGAGCUCUUUGGCGGCAUGAAGGAGAAAGCCGGUGGUCCGAUUGAAAUUAGUGACAUGGAAAGUGAUGUGUUCAAGGCCUUGCUCCACUUUAUAUACACAGACGAGUAUGAGCCUGUUCCUGAGAUGACCGAUGGAUGUGAAGCACGGAGAAAAGCGGUGAUGGCUGGCCAUCUACUUGUUGCAGCAGAAAGAUACAAUAUCGAGAGGCUGAAGCUGAUAUGCGAAGAGAGGAUGUGCAACCUCAUCAACCCUGACAUCGUGGCGACUAGUUUGGCUCUAGCUGAGCAGCACGGCUUCCAUACAUUCAAGGAUGCCUGCUUUGAGUUCCUCGCUUCGCCUUCCAAUCCAGAGGCGAUGAUGGCAAGUGAUGGUUACGAGCAUCUGAAGAAUAGCUGCCCAUCAGUUCUCAAGGAGCUGGCUGCUAGCUUCCUGCCUGCCGAACUGAAAGCGGCCAAAGAUAUUAUCAUGACAAUUUAGUGUUGUGGCUAAUCAUCGUUGCAUCUAAUCUAAUUUAGUAUCUAUGGUCUUACCUAUUUCUCUAUAUUGAUUGCAUGUAUACUUCUUGCACUCGUCGCUGCACCUAUUUCUCAAGGAACAUGCAUACUUCUUGCACCUGCAGCCUGAAUUUCAAUUUGCCGUGAUCACUCUUCGCUGACUUUACAGCUUCCAAACU